CUACUUAAGCGAAUGACUCGUGGCCUACAGCGUUCCGUUUAUCAGUUAAGUAGCCGGCGAUUCGACUCCUCGCCUCGACAACACCGCGAACCGUUGCUUUUGCUGCCACCUCUGUAUCGUACUUGCGGUACGCCGAGCAGCAGGGCUCCGGUCCUCGAGCCGGCGCACGCCGCUCACACAAAAAGGCCUCACUUGUCUAUCCUAUAGUACCAAAUACGAAAUUAAUUGAAUGAAUGAACGCUUAUAGUGAUUAAUGAAAACUGAAGUAAAAGCAAACAUGGAGGAUGCUCAUUGUAAAUCUGUGGAUGAAAUCCAUAAUUAUUUUAAUGUUGAUCCUGAAAAGGGUCUAUCAAACGAUCAAAUUAAAAGAAAUCAAGAAAAAUAUGGUCUUAAUGAAUUGCCAGCUGAGGAGGGGAAAUCAAUCUGGCAACUUGUAUUGGAACAAUUUGAUGACCUUUUAGUUAAAAUUCUUUUAUUAGCUGCUAUUAUUUCAUUUGUACUAGCUUUAUUUGAAGAACACGAAGAUGCGUUCACUGCGUUUGUUGAACCUUUCGUAAUUUUGCUCAUUCUUAUCGCAAACGCCGUUGUUGGUGUCUGGCAGGAACGCAACGCCGAGUCAGCAAUCGAAGCCCUAAAAGAAUAUGAACCUGAAAUGGGAAAAGUUGUGCGAGGCAAUAAAUCCGGUGUUCAGCGAAUCAGAGCAAAAGAAAUUGUACCUGGAGAUGUCGUUGAGGUUUCGGUCGGUGAUAAAGUUCCCGCUGACAUCCGCCUUACCAAGAUUUAUUCAACCACUCUCCGAAUUGAUCAGUCCAUCCUAACUGGAGAGUCCAUCUCAGUUAUCAAACACACUGAUCCGGUACCCGAUCUUCGGGCUGUGAAUCAGGACAAAAAGAACAUCCUGUUCUCAGGUACAAACGUAGCUGCAGGCAAAGCUCGUGGUAUUGUUAUUGGCACUGGCCUUAACACUGCCAUCGGUAAAAUUCGUACAGAAAUGUCGGAAACCGAGGAAAUCAAAACACCGCUUCAGCAGAAACUUGACGAAUUUGGAGAGCAAUUGUCUAAAGUCAUCUCAGUCAUUUGUGUGGCUGUCUGGGCCAUUAACAUUGGACAUUUCAAUGAUCCAGCCCACGGUGGCUCCUGGAUCAAGGGUGCUAUUUACUAUUUCAAGAUCGCUGUUGCUCUCGCUGUAGCUGCUAUUCCUGAAGGUCUACCAGCAGUUAUUACUACUUGUCUAGCUCUUGGUACAAGACGAAUGGCUAAAAAAAACGCUAUCGUGAGAUCGCUGCCAUCUGUAGAAACACUGGGUUGUACUUCCGUCAUUUGUUCGGAUAAAACUGGAACUCUAACGACCAACCAGAUGUCUGUCAAUCGUAUGUUUGUAUUCGAAAGGAUUGAUGGCAAUGAUUGUUCAUUCAACGAAUUCGAAAUCACUGGUACAACAUAUGAACCUAUUGGUGAAAUAUUUUUAAAAGACAAGAAGAUUCGUACUUCAGAGUAUGAAACUCUCCAUGAACUGAGCACUAUCUGUAUUAUGUGUAAUGAUUCAGCUAUUGACUUCAACGAAUUUAAACAGGCUUUUGAAAAAGUCGGCGAAGCUACUGAAACAGCCCUAAUUGUUCUUGCAGAAAAAAUUAAUCCGUUCGCAGUCAAUAAAUCUGGUUUGGAUCGACGUGGUACAGCAAUUGUUGUUAGACAAGAUAUUGAAACUAAGUGGAAAAAGGAUUUCACGCUUGAAUUUUCGCGUGAUCGUAAAUCCAUGUCCUCAUAUUGUGUGCCAUUAAAAUCCACAAAAUUAGGAACUGGACCUAAGCUCUUUGUCAAAGGUGCUCCUGAAGGUGUACUUGAAAGAUGUACCCAUGCUCGCAUCGGCGCACAAAAGUUUCCAUUAACUUCAACUUUGAAAAAUCGAAUUCUCGAUUUAACUCGUCAAUACGGUACAGGGCGUGACACCCUUCGUUGUCUAGCUCUUGCCACUGCCGACCAUCCACUUAAACCCGAUGAUAUGGAUUUAGGCGAUUCUAGUAAAUUCUAUACUUAUGAGAGAGAUUUAACAUUCAUCGGUGUUGUCGGCAUGUUAGAUCCACCACGUAAAGAAGUGUUCGACUCCAUUGUUAGAUGCCGUGCUGCUGGUAUCCGUGUCAUCGUCAUCACUGGUGACAACAAGGCCACCGCCGAAGCGAUCUGUAAAAGAAUUGGUAUCUUCGCUGAAGAUGAAGAUACUACCGGCAAAUCUUACUCUGGACGAGAAUUUGAUGAUUUAUCUAUCCCUGAACAAAGAGCUGCUUGUGCCAGAGCAAGACUUUUUUCCCGAGUAGAACCCGCUCAUAAAUCAAAAAUUGUAGAAUAUUUACAAAGUAUGAAUGAGAUAUCUGCUAUGACUGGUGAUGGUGUAAAUGAUGCACCAGCUUUAAAAAAAGCCGAAAUUGGUAUUGCUAUGGGAUCUGGUACAGCUGUGGCAAAAUCUGCUGCUGAGAUGGUAUUAGCUGACGAUAACUUCUCAUCAAUUGUAGCUGCUGUUGAAGAAGGUCGAGCCAUUUAUAACAAUAUGAAGCAGUUCAUCCGUUACCUUAUCUCUUCUAAUAUUGGUGAAGUGGUUAGUAUUUUUUUAACUGCGGCUCUUGGUCUUCCUGAAGCAUUGAUUCCUGUACAGCUAUUAUGGGUCAACCUUGUCACUGACGGUCUUCCAGCUACUGCUCUUGGUUUCAAUCCACCUGAUUUAGACAUUAUGCAAAAACCACCCCGUAAAGCAGAUGAGUCUCUAAUUUCGGGAUGGCUUUUCUUCCGUUAUUUAGCAAUUGGUGGAUAUGUCGGUGCUGCUACUGUUGGAUCUGCUGCAUGGUGGUUUUUGUACAGCCCUAAUGGACCUCAAAUGAAUUACUAUCAAUUGACUCAUCACUUAGCCUGCAUUACUGGAGGUGAAGAAUUUAAAGGCCUUGAUUGCAAAGUUUUUAAUGAUCCUCACCCAAUGACCAUGGCUCUUUCAGUUCUUGUUACUAUUGAAAUGUUGAAUGCUAUGAAUAGCUUAUCUGAAAACCAAUCUCUUGUAAAUAUGCCACCCUGGUCAAAUUUAUGGCUGAUUGCUUCAAUGGCACUUUCUUUCACACUCCAUUUCGUUAUUCUUCAUGUUGAUGUUCUUUCGUCUGUAUUCCAAGUGACUCCUUUAACUGUGGAUGAAUGGCUCACUGUUAUGAAGUUCUCAAUUCCAGUUGUACUUCUUGAUGAAACCUUAAAGUUUACUGCCAGAAAAAUUACAGAUGUGGCUCCUGAGGUGAAACCGAUCCUGCACUAAAUGUAUCAUGUGAGAACAAAUAAAAACGCCAGAGGAGUAAGCAACAAAUACAAUAAUAAAAUAUAUCCUUAUGAUUGGACACGUGCAAACUUAAAUACGUCAAACAAUAGAAACGAACAAGCUAAUGCAAAAAUGAUAAUAAUUUUUUCCAGUUUAUGUACGUGACCAAAAAAAUACAAAGGCAUAUGUGAGAUAUAGACAGGGUGAUUAACAUUGUGAAAGGGUCAAGGAGGGGAGAUAGAGAGGCACGGAGGAAAUGCGUAAAAGAAAAAUGAAACAUAAGUAGGCCUAGGGUAGGCCUGACGGCACCAAAUCAAAAGCUAGUGCAACUCUUGGGAGACGAGAGAGCAAUGCAAAUAAAUAACAAACUUUAUUGUCGAAGGAAAGUGUAUCAGAAAAAUUCUCCGUUUUUAAAUUUAUUAUUUCAUUCUAUUUUAGGUAUUGAGUAUCUGAGCACACUUUGUUGAAAUCGUGCGUUAAUUUCUUGGCUUUCC